AUGGAGCUUUUCCUGCAGUCCUGGAAUGCUCUGUACUUUCUCGUGUUUCUACUCUCUUUGUGGCUAAUCUCCCAAAAGUUCUACAAAUCAUCCACGAUCAAGCUCCCGCCAGGAAGCCAUGGCUUGCCUCUUGUCGGAGAAUCUCUCUCUCUCUUUUGGGGAUCCCCUCUAGACUUCCUCAGCACUCGACGCAAACGAUUUGGAGGAGUUUUCUGGAGUAACUUGCUUGGAUCUCCCACCAUCGUUGCAACAACGGUAGAGUCGGCCAAGUUCUUCCUCAGCUGCGCUGACUGUGGCCCCUCGGGUUUGUUUGCCCGAUUGAUUGGGCCAAAAUCUGCAAGCGAGGUCAUCGGGAGUGAGCAUGCGCUCUACCGGAGAAUCAUUCUGGGGAUGAUGGUUCCAGAGACGCUCAAGUGCCACGUCCAAAUGAUUGAUAUCUUGGCUCAGGAGACUCUCGAGUCACGCGCUGGAUGA